AUGGACGGCGUCGGGAGUGCGGAAGGGGAACAUCCCAAGGAAUUGGACGAUGCGGUCGCCAGGCUCCUCAAAGGUCUGCCUUUUCGUCUCGUCCCUACUUUUUCUCACGCUUUCGUCCCGGAGAUGCAUUUCGCACCGAUGAUCUUUCUCGACCGGGUGUUCGUCGGUACCGCGCUUCCGGAAGGCGUGGGUCGGAUGCAGCGUUUGGCCUUCGAGAGGCCGGAAGUGCAAAAAUCAGAUCCAAAGCAUGCCGUCUUGCAAAACUCUGCCCCAAAGCAUGCCGCCUUGCAAAACUCUGCUCCAAAGCAUGCCGCCUUGCAAGCGACGAUGCUUCUGGAUCGGUGGAGACACGGGUCGAAGUACUCUUUCACGGUCCAUCCCUUCGACCCCUGCACCCCUGCUCCCAACCGGCACGACGUCGAGCAGCGGCUUGCUGCAGAAAUCGCCGAUAGGGUCGGACGGUCUCCGGCAGCGUCCAUCGCGCAGGUGGUGCGAAGGUGGUGCGAAGAAUACGAGUGGAGCCUGAGGGGAAUGACGGUGAGGGGAUCGGGAGGCGGAGGGACGGGAUCGGGCAAGAAGAAGCUGCACGUGAAGAGGCCAAUGAAUGCAUUCAUGGUGUGGGCCCAGGCCGCGCGCCGCCGUCUCUCCACGCAACAUCCACAGCUCCACAACGCCGAACUCUCCAAGACCCUCGGGAAACUCUGGCGCGUGCUGAGCGAGGCGGAGAAGCAGCCGUUCAUCGAGGAGGCGGAAAGGCUGAGGAGCCAGCACAAGAAAGACCAUCCCGACUACAAGAAGAGGAGAAAGUGGGAACGGAGACAGAAGAAUGGAGUCCCCGCCAACGCCCCCCAAAACUCCCCUCGGUCAUCCGGCACCCCCUCCACCUUCUUCCCAGCACCCAUCUUCAAUCAAGUGCGUUUAUACUUUCGACACGGGUGGGGACUGGGUUUCGGCGGAGAAUCGAUGAAUCCCCAACCUUCGUCCAUCUACGGCCCCACGCCUUCCGCCCUUGAACGAUUCUCUCCCCCAAUGAGGAAUUUGCAGACAGUGGCGCACAUGAAGCGACUGAACGACACCGGCCCGAAAACGCCAGUGAUGCUGAAUCCCUGUUAUCAAACCUUCGACAACCCUGCUCCCGCCACCGGCGGGAACUUGGACUACGUGGGGGGAGGAGGAGGCGGUAACGGUGGUUGUGCAGGAGGAGGUGGCGGGUACGGAGGCUACAUGGUACGAAACCAUCACCCGCCCCCUUCACAUCCUUCGAUCUACAAUCAGGACAUGUUUCACCAAUCAGGGUUCGCCUCUUCGGCUGCGUCUCAGGGGUUCUACGCCUAUACCAGCUCUCCUACCAGCAUGACGCCCUAUUACAUCGGCGGGAGAUGACGCAAUCUACACAAUUAUAGUCGAUUCCUAUCCUCAUUGCGAAUUUAUUCUUCAGUGCCUGG